ACUCAAGACGCCAUUGUUAUUGUGAAAAUAUUCCUGUUGUGUCGAGUUACAGUGUUUAUUAUUUCCUCUAACUGGUCGUGUCUUGUAAUUAAUAUUAGAAUUAAUUCUACAUCCUUUCAUACCGUUCAGUAAACUGAACGGGAAAAAGUAUCGUAAUGGGUCUUAUUUGUUCUACAGCACAGCUUGCUUGCCUGUGUGGUAGCACAGCAUGCAGUUUCUGUUGUUCUCAAUGUCCAUCAUGCCGCAAUAGUACAAGUACUCGUAUUAUGUACGCAUUGCUACUAAUGCUAGGAACUAUUGCUGCUUGUAUUACAUUGGCUCCUGGUUUACAAGAUGCCCUUAAAAAGGUACCAUUUUGUGCUAACAGCACAAACCAUGUUCCAUCAACAUUCACUGUUGAUUGUCAAUCUGCUGUCGGUUAUUUGGCAGUAUAUAGAAUAUGUUUUAUCAUAACUCUUUACUUUUUCUUGAUGUCUGUUAUAAUGAUCAGAGUAAGAAGUUCUCGUGAUCCUCGAGCACCUAUACAAAAUGGAUUUUGGGCUAUUAAAUAUCUUUUAAUAAUUGGUGGAUUAAUUGGAGCAUUCUUCAUUCCUGAAAAAUCAUUUGAAUCAACAUGGAUGUAUUUUGGAAUGAUAGGUGGUUUUCUUUUUAUUAUUAUUCAGUUAAUUCUUAUUGUUGACUUUGCCCACUCAUGGGCAGAUGCUUGGGUGGGUAAUUAUAAUGAGACUGAAUCAAAAGGAUGGUAUGCUGCACUUUUAGGAGCAACAUUACUUAAUUAUGCUAUUUCUAUUACUGGAAUAGUAUUACUCUUCUUGUAUUUUACUCAUCCGGACGCCUGUGCUUGGAAUAAGUUCUUUAUAUCGUUCAAUUUAAUCUUGUGUGUAAUUGCUAGUGCUAUAUCAAUUUUUCCAAAUGUACAAGAACAUUAUCCACGGUCUGGACUUCUUCAAUCAUCUGUUGUGUCGUUGUAUGUGGUAUAUUUAACAUGGAGUGGAAUUUCAAACAAUCCAGAUCAUAAAUGCAAUCCUGGAUUCUUACAAAUUAUUUCUGGUAAUGAUGCUGAUGUACGAAAUCGUGUUGCUUUCGACAAAGAAAGCAUUAUUGGUUUAAUUAUCUGGUUCAGUUGUGUACUGUAUAGUUCUUUACGUACUGCAUCUAAAUCAUCAAAACUUACCCUGUCUGAGAAUAUUCUGGUUAAAGAUAAUGGGGCUGUCAGGAAAGAAGGAGACCAGAGUCUUAUCAGUAAUGAAGAUUAUACUCCGGUAGAAGGUCGCAAUCCUGAUUCAAAGGAUGGUGACGAAGCCAAAGUCUGGGACAAUGAAGAGGAUACAGUAGCUUAUAAUUGGAGUUUCUUCCAUCUCAUGUUUGCUCUUGCCACAUUAUAUGUAAUGAUGACACUUACUAAUUGGUAUCAACCAAAUUCCAAUUUGGAUACUUUGAAUUCCAAUACUGCUUCAAUGUGGGUAAAAAUCAUAUCCUCCUGGAUGUGUUUGGGACUCUAUGUCUGGUCGUUAAUUGCUCCUGCAGUAUUAACAAAUCGAGAUUUCUCGUAAACAUGUGAAUAUGUUUGCAAAGUGCCAGGAGCAGUAAUUAACAGUUUUGUAAUACUUAUAUUAUUAAAACUUUUGU